UUCAACUUCCAAUUGGUAGAACGUAAUUAAGACACAAGGUGAUUGGCAAUGAUUCUACUGCAUAUUUGUACUAUACAAAUUUGUUAAGAUCAUAAUAUAUUUGAUUUAACGAUUCUGUUUACAUUAAUUUAGUUAGUUUAAAAAAAUUGCUUUCGAUCGAAAACGGCCCAUCGGUGAUUGCAUCGGUGGAUUUACAUGGCCAGUCCGCCCCUGAUGGCGAUAUUUAUACUAUAUAAUAAAUAUUUUUCAUUCGUUCAAAGAGAAAUUAUUUCUCUCGAUUCGUAUUUGUGUUAUUUUUAAAAAUUUGAAUUCUAUUUUAAUUACGCGUAAAUAUAUUUCGUAAAAACGUUACGUAAAUACUAAUAAAAUAAAAUUAAACAAAUUUCAAUCUCGUAUAUGCACACUUUUAUGGGCCACUGUAAUGUCAAAUCUACAACCGACGAAGAGGAUCUAUCUGUUUAUGGACUGUGUUAUUAACAGAAGUGAUGUUGUACUAAUAAAUUAUAUUUACCAAGCGUAUGAAUUUGUGCGUGAAUACAAGCAAACGGAAUGAUAUUGCCAUUUCGAUUAAACAUAGGUGAAAUUUUUAAGUGCAUUGUCAACAGUCGCGGUAUCAGGUUUUAUACUGCAACCCGAAUGGUACAUGAAAUUCUUACGGUCGAUGGUUGUCCUUGUACGGUCUUUUGAAAGAAGUAUAAUUAAUUGUAAGCAUGUUUUAUUUGGAUUACAUAAAUGAGGAGCAUUGCAAUUAAUGUACACCAGUGGCAUUAUCGUCUCGCGACGUGUUCUGGCUUUCGCUAUUAUUGUAUCCGCCAGAACAACUUAACCUUAAGCAAAAUAUGUUUCCGCCGAGGGAUCUAGGGAAAACAGAUUAUAUUAGUUUAAAUAUCCAGGAAAGUGCAACUUUUGCGCGUGGAACAUCACGUAGUCUUUGGAGGCAAUGGAACCAGCUAUCAAGGUUUCAAAGAAAUAUCCUAUACUUUGUAGUCAUUACAAUUAUAUUAGUCAUAUUUUAUCUAUUGCCUGGGGAUAAUAAGAAUGGAGUUUUAGAUGAAAAUGAUUACAACAAUAUAGAGGUAAUACAAGACACCCUUAGAUACGAAAAGGCAAUAGAAGAUAUUGUAGUAGAUAAUGUAAAUCAGGAACAUAAGGAUGGUGGGGAGGUUAUAGAAGAACCUGAAUUCCAACCAGAAAUAAACCAAGUGGACGAUGAUCAAAUUGGAGAGCCACCUCAACCUAAGCCAAACCCAAUUAAAUUCAAUGGCCCACAAAACGAUAGACAAAAAGCCAUAGUCGCAGCAUUUAAACACUCAUGGAAUGGAUAUAAGGAAUAUGCUUGGGGUCAUGACAACGUGAAGCCAAUAUCUAAAAAAUAUUAUGAAUGGUUUGGCUUAGGACUUACCAUAGUUGAUUCUCUCGACACUAUGUAUAUGAUGGGUUUGAAUAAUGAAUUUUCAGAAGCCAGAGCAUGGAUUGACAAGAAUUUAGUGUUCACCCUAAAUAGGGACGUUAAUUUAUUUGAAGUUACAAUAAGGGUAUUAGGAGGUCUAUUAUCAGCGUAUCAUCUUUCUGGCGAUAAGAUUUUCCUAAAUAAAGCUGCACAAUUAGGAGAUCGAAUGAUGCCGGCAUUUUCUACUUCGUCUGGUGUUCCUUAUUCUGAUGUAAAUCUAGGCACUAGAACUGCGCAUAGUCCUAAAUGGGGUCCUGAUAGUAGUACUAGCGAAGUCACUUCGAUUCAAUUAGAAUUUCGAGAUCUUAGUCGUAAUACAGGAGAACCAAAAUACGAGGAAGCAGUAGCAAAAGUCUCAGAACAUGUACAUCAAUUAGAAAAAUAUGACGGUUUAGUACCCAUUUUCAUUAAUGCUAACACUGGACAGUUUAGAGAGUAUGCAACAAUUACGCUUGGCGCACGUGGUGAUAGUUAUUACGAAUAUCUAUUGAAACAGUGGCUUCAAACUGGGAAGACCAUUAAUUACCUACGGGAUGAUUAUUUAUCAGGCAUUUCCGGGACUCAGAAGCAUCUUGUCAAACGUACGGCGAACAAUAAGUAUCUCUUCAUCUCGGAACUAGUUGGGGCAAAUAAAGAAAUAAGACCAAAAAUGGACCAUCUUACGUGUUACUUAGGUGGCACAUUAGCUUUAGGAGCACAUCAUGGUUUGCCGUCCGAACAUAUGGAUCUUGCUAACGAAAUUGUUAAAACUUGUUAUCAAACGUAUGCAAUUCAACCGACAUUUCUUGCGCCAGAAAUUACUUACUUUAAUAUUCAGAAUGUGGAGGGAGAGAAAUCAAUGGACAUGUAUGUAAAAAUCAACGACGCGCAUAAUCUUUUGAGGCCCGAAUUUAUUGAAAGUUUGUUUUAUAUGUGGUAUUUCACUGGAAAUAAAACAUUCCAAGAUUGGGGAUGGCAAAUAUUUCAAGCUUUCGAAAAUUAUACGAAAGUGGAAAAGGGUUACACGAGUAUUGGUAAUGUACGAAAUGUUCAGAAUACUCGACAACAAGAUUUAACAGAAAGUUUCUGGUUCGCUGAGACUUUAAAAUAUUUGUAUUUGUUAUUCGAUGAUACAAGGCAAUUAAUAGAUUUAGAUAGAUGGAUAUUUAAUUCUGAAGGACAUCCACUACCCAUAUACAAAUCGUAACCCAAUGCAAAUACAGUUUAAUGUAUAAAUCUGCACUAUUAGUAGGCUAUUAAAUAUCUUUUGAGGCCAGUCGAUAGAUAUCUUAACGAUAUACGCCGAUAACGGAUUAAUUGGGUUGGAACUGUUCUAGUGACAAUCUUCAAACAUAACUUUCUUGCAAAAGUUCUUUACUAUGAAAAGAGACACAGAAAUUAUAUAUUUACUAGUAAUUGACAAUUUAUACUCAAUUUUGUAUUAAUUUUUCAAUUCAGAAGUGUAUAUUAUUAAUUAAUUAUUAUAGUCCAUUUCGUGAUACAUGAUUUGAUACAAUUAAUACAUCACAGAUUGUAGUUUGAAUUUGAGAAAGUGUAUCAGAAUUUUCGAGUACAAUACUGUAAAAUAGAAAAUAAUUUAUCUGUUGGGUUAUAACACUUCUAUCAUCUUUUUUCACUUAUUUGUAGCCUGAUAUACCAAUUCAUUCUUUAAGAAGAAAGUAGAACAUUGCACACAUAUCAGUUUAAAAAUGAAUGUAACCUUGAAACGGAGUUACUUAAACUGUUUUCAAAGAUCCUAGUCAAAUCUGAAUUUUACUCUUUUUUUUUUUAUUAUUAAUAGGUAUAAUAUUUAGUUAAUGUAACUAAGAUAUAUUUUCAUAAUAUCGCGUAUACAUACAAAAAUAAAUAUCGAA